GAAUAACGUCUAGUUCGUUACAAAUCUUCAUUCAGUAGUUCAGAGGCAGUCGUUGAACUUAAUUUUUUUGCAAAUGAAGAUCAUUGGAAUAAUUGUCUUGUGUGUGGGUGUUAUCCAAGGAAAGCCCUUCAUCAAUUACACGGAAGAGCCAUGUCCUGGAUACGACGCUUGCCACACUGUGUACAGUGAUAGGCUAAAUGUACAUCUCGUACCCCAUUCUCAUGAUGAUGUUGGAUGGCUAUAUACGGUUGACCAAUAUUACUACAAAAGAGUUCAGUAUACCAUAACGACAGUCGUUAGAUCAUUACUAGAUAAUCCCGAGCGAAGGUUCAUCCAAGUCGAAACGGCUUUCUUCUACAUUUGGUGGAAAGAGCAGAGCGACGAAACCAAAGCCCAAGUCAGACAGUUGAUCAACGAAGGCCGAUUGGAAAUAUCCAAUGGCGCCUGGUCCAUGAACGACGAGGCCGACGUCCACUACCAGUCCACCAUAGACCAGUUCACUCUAGGUCUGAGAUUCAUCGAAGAUGUUCUGGGGAAAUGCGCCAGGCCAAAAGGAGGCUGGCAGAUCGAUCCUUUCGGUCAUAGUAGGGAGCACGCUUCACUCUUGGCCCAGAUGGGAAUGGAUUCGUUAUUCUUCGCCAGGAUUGACUACAGAGACAGAAGGAAGAGACACGCAGAAAAGACCAGUGACAUGCUGUGGAGGAGUAGUGCUAAUUUGGGUACCAGCAGCAACAUCUUUACAUCCGUUCUGUACAACCACUACAGUGCGCCGGGUGGAUUCUGCUUUGAUAUAAAUUGUAGUGACGCUCCAAUAGUUACCGAUCCCGACAGCUCCGAAUAUAACUGGGCCUCUGUGGUAAAAAGUUUUGCCAAUUAUGUCAACGGACAGUCCACGCACUACCCGACCAACAAUGUUCUGAUAACCAUGGGUGAUGAUUUCCAGUGGCAAAAUGCCGAACAGUAUUACAUUAACCUGGACAGACUAAUAGAAGGAUUCAAGAAAUUCAAACCAACAAUCAGCGACAAAGAGAUCAACAUAAUAUACUCCACUCCUUCUUGUUACGCGAAAGCGGUAAAAGAUGCAGUGGAAGCCAACAAUAUUGAGCUAAAUGUGAAAACUGACGACUUCUUCCCAUAUGCUGAUGGCAUCAACUCUGUUUGGUCAGGUUAUUUUACAUCUAGACCGACGUCGAAACGCUUGGAACGUUUUGCGAAUAACCUGCAUCAGAUCUCUAAGCAAAUAUUAGCCCUUGGACAGAAGCCCUAUAACGGCGACAACCUAUUGAGUCAAGCAAUGGGUGUCAUGCAGCAUCACGACGCCAUUACAGGCACUGAAAAAACAAUGGUGGAAAGAGAUUAUCACAAACGUAUCGCGAAGGGGAUGGAAACGGCUAUUUCUGACAUCAGCACCUCUUUAACUUCGAUAUUGGGUCUGGAAAUCGAUCUGAACCUCAAAUCGUGCCUUCUGGCGAACGUAAGCAUCUGCGACGAAUCGGACAAGGACGAAUUCACCGUUCUCAUCUACAACCCACUUGCUAGAACCACCUCUCACUACAUCCAAAUUCCAGUCAAUGACGGCACAUGGAAAGUCACGGGACCGUCAGGCGAAGAAGUUGAGAACCAUUUGACUAAUCCCAUCAGAAACUUCAGCUACAUCAGCAAGAUUACUGAAGACAAAAUUCUUCAGAAAGUGCUGUUUUUCAGAGCAGAAAAUUUACCCGCUCUAGGGUACAAAGUUUACAGAUUCAAAAAAGUCAGCUCUGUAAGUAAUUCGGUUAGAGAGGAAGCGAUGGCUGUUGAUCAAAUGGGAUUCGAGGAUAGAUACGUCGACUUCGAUCUAGACACCGGACUUCUAAAAUCGAUAACCAUCAACGGGGUGACUCUAGGAGUUAAACAGAACAUGAUGUUCUACAACGGCUCAGCGCGCAUGACUGGUGCUUAUAUUUUCCGGCCAGAUACAGAUUACAGAGAUGCAAUUGAAUUCGGCGACGUUCAGACCAGCGUCUUAAUAAAUGACGGAAACAUCGUCAGAGAGGUAAGGCAGAUGUGGAAGGACUGGGUUACUCAGAUAAUACGUAUAUACAAGGACGAGGACUUCAUCGAAUUCGAUUGGGCCGUUGGCCCUGUUGACAUAUUGGAUCAUCACGGAAAGGAGCUCAUUACAAGAUAUUCUACCAACUUAGAGGACACAGAUGGGGUAUUCUAUACCGAUUCGAAUGGUAGGGAAAUAAUCGACCGGCAGAAGGACUACAGGCCAACCUACAGGUACACAAAUGAGGAACCUCAGGCUGGAAAUUAUUACCCUGUGAACAGCAAGAUUCUGAUCAAGGACGAAACUAACGAGUUUGCAGUGUUAACCGACAGGUCCGAGGGCGGAUCUAGUUUAAAUUCAGCAGAAGUGGAAUUGAUGUUACUGCGAGUUGCAACUGAUGACGACAGUAGAGGAGUUGGUGAAAAUCUCAACGAACAAGAGUUUGCUCAAGGAUUAGUGGCGCGAGGAUCUCAUUUCGUUACACUAGGAAGAAUCACAGAAGGAAAUAAUGGAAGAACAAUGGCUGCCGUCGAGAGAGACAUAGCGCAAAGGAAACUCCUUCAACCAUGGGUAUUUUACACCUCGGAAGAAACUCCACUGGAGGAACGGUCGUUCCUAAAAAAAGAACUGCCACCAAAUGUUCAUCUUCUGACUUUGGAGAGCUGGAACGCUACUGGCGGUAACACUUUCCUUAUCAGAUUGGAGCAUAUUCUAGAAAACGACGAAGAUCCUAACCUUUCCCAAGAAGUUACAAUUGAUAUCUCGGAUCUUUUCGAUACCUUUACCAUCACUUCAAUGAAAGAAUUCAUGCUGGCUGCCAAUACUCCUUUGGAGGAAAGUAACAGAUUCGUUUGGCCUCAGGUAGUCGAAAAUGAAAGCAGUUCAAGUCCCCUCCAUAAGAAAAACCGUCUGGCCAGAGAUGAGUCGGAUUUGAAAAUUACAUUGGCUCCUAUGCAAAUCAGAACCUUUGUAGCGACCGUUGAGUUUAACUGAAGACAAAUAUCAGUUUAAAAAUGAAGAAUUGAAUAAAAAUUGUAUGUUGAUAUAG